UCAUUUAUCUUUUAAUUUAAGAGAAACAAACCAAUAUCUGUCUUUGCAAUUAAUUAAUAAUUUAAAAUAUUCAGUUACAUUUUUCUGUUCUCUUGUCACUGUAAAUAAAAACUCUAACAUUUUGUUUGGAGGAUAAGCAGAGGUGUUUUAUCAAUAAAUGGACUACAGGGUGUUAGACAAUGUGGAUGGUCACAGCAAAAAAAAUGGACAGAUGCAUUGCAGUAGUAGCUCAUUGCUCCUUGGCCCAUGCCUUCACAAGAGGCCCACACUGGUAGUUUUGUAAGGCAAGCCACAGCCCAGAUGCAGUUGAUGCUUCCCAUCAGUGACAUGAGGAUCUCCUUGACAUGGUAAUAUUCCACUGGAAUAGCAAAGGUACUGCUCCCUUCUUCAGACGUCGAAGCCCACUAGAAGGUUCAAUGAAUCUUAUUUUCCUAACUUUCAAUAAAGAUGCCGCACCAACUAAUAACGUUAACGUCGUUAGCACUAACUUUUGCUAGCUAAAGAGAGAACACAAUCGAAUUACAAAAAUCACUAACUGAACGGAUAAACUGAAUUUUCAACAAGAAUGAUAAACGCUAUAUAAAUAUGAUUAUAUUAAUAUACUGAGGUAAUGAUAAAAACGAGGCUAGUACUGUACGUCUACAAUCAGGCUUACAGGAAGCUAUGUAUCGGGUAGGAAGUUGAGCGGAAGUGGGCGUUGCUACGUUGUGCAAAAUGUCUAUUAGUUGAAACUUAAAUGUCUGCAUAUGAAUGUUUUGCUCAUCGAUCCUUCAGAAGGAACAAACUUUCAGAUUGACACAGACAGGAAAUAUGACAAAGCAUUCCCGCGCUAAAUAAUAACUUUUCUGAUGCGUGAAUUAAUUAUGAAUGGACGGAUUUUAAAGGGGAAAUCGAUAUACGAGCGAUCAGGAGGAUAAUGGUGAUUGGUCAUUCCGUUAUUGCGUCUCUGAAUAGCCAACCAAUGGGCUUAGAGGUCUCACCCGGUUGAUGUCGCGGGAACUUUAUGGAGCUAUGAACACAAAACACUUGUUAGCUGCUACUGUACUAUAACAGUUUGUAAACCACCAGCCAUGCAUGUGUAGCUAGUUAUACAUGCAUCACACUGACUGAAUAUUUCGGUGGAGUGCAGAUAAGAUAGCUAGCUAGAAGACACUGUUGCCAGCUAUAGCUAGGUGGCUAACGCUAACUAAAGCCAGUUAGCUAAUCAGCUUAGAUAGCUAGUUACCAUGCUAGCUAGCUACAACCAAAUCAUUUUUAUAACUGCUACAACUGUCAAGGCUAGCUACCUAGCGAAAUACACUAGCUAAAUAAGCAAGCUCGACAAAUUGUGAAACUACACCCACGUUGGUUGCCUAGGUAACUAGCUAGUUAGGAAGUUGAUUAAAGGUUGAAUCGCAAACGUCUCACUUAUUAUCCUGCCACUGUUAUCCUCCCAUUUUUGGGGGCAAGAUACAGGUAGCUACCUAUCACCUUUGACUGGAAUCAUGGCACAUCGACUGACGAAAGAUGAGCUUGAUGAACAGUUCGAGCAGUUUUUGAAAGAGUCUGUCUCAGAUGACUCAGUGGAUUUGGGUGGCAGUGCUAUGCGCUCCAGUGUUCUGGACAGCUUGGGCAGAGCCUCUCAGAAACCACCACCAAAGAAGACAUCAGCUGCCCCUGUGCCGUGGUGGCAGGAGGAUGACAGCGAAGAGACACCUGGCAGAGGAUUGCUGAGAUCUGAGAAGACGUCCUGUAAUUCUCUGAGAAGAUCCCAGCCCAUCCAGGAGGAGGAAGAGGAGCUGCAGCAUCAGGGAGUAGAGAGGGGUUCGGAGGAGGAGGAGGGGGCAGAGCCUGUCAUCUUCAGCAGAGACAGUCUGGAGCCUGAGGACUCUGUGAUGGCGUCCGGACCAGGUCAGAACGCUGCAGUGGGUCUUGGUCUGGGCAUGGACAGCCUGGAGGAGGAAGAGGAGAAGGCCCGCUUCUUUGCCCACCUGGAGGGAGGUGUGUCCUCCACCAUAGACUACUCCAGACUCAACAAAGAUCUGGAUUCCACCAGCGCCUCCACCACCGCUACCACCCUCAGGAAGGCGGCUGUGGCUGGGGUCGAUCAGAGAGAGGAGGAGAGAGCUAUGGAGUCUGACCGACUCUCCCCAGCCUCCCCCCACUACAGUGAGGAUGAGGACUUUGAAGAUGAGGUCAUUGAGGAGGAGCCUAAAAGGCCUGCCAUGCUCACCAAAGUGUCCCUCCAUGAUUCUCUGGACUCGACCGGUGAACUCCUGCCCCCUGGAGCGGACAGUGACACCAACGAGGAACCAGGGAGGAACCAGGGAGCAGAGUCCAUAGAGACGGCACUACCAGCCCAGUCGUAUGGCCAGAGUGGGGCCAGUGAGAUGGAGGCUCUACAGGAGGCCUACAGACAGAUCAGUGGCUCUCUGGAGGACUCAGACCAUCAUCACCACCCUUCAUCACCAGUCAGGAGGGAGAAGAGGAGGAAGAGCAAUCCUAUUCCUGUCUCUCCCUCUGUACCUGAGCUCUCCAGAGGAACACUACUAGCACCAGUCUCCACCACAGAGUCAGAGCUGCCCACUGCAGAGGAGCUGAUGCGUCCCAUCCGACCAGACAGCAUGGACGACACAAGAGGCUUCACUCUGCAACCUGCUAGUGGGACCCAGUUCACCUCAGAGAAGACUGGCCAGUCCUUAUGCCAUAGAUCCCGUGAGUCAAGCCCAAGACGCUCAGCAGAGCCAGACACUCCUCCGGCCUCCCCAGGCCCCCGUCCCAGAAGCAUAAGAGAGGAGGUACAGAGGCUGAUGAAGCAGGAUCAGGACAGCUCCUCUCCUGACCUGACUUCCACUAACCCCAGCAACAAGAGAAGCCAGCAGGUUCCUGGACGCUCUACGGUACCUAGUCCCUUCACAUCCUCGUUGAGGAAGCCUUAUGUUGCCCCUGGCAGAGGUAGAGUGGAGAGUAAACCAUCAGCCGUGGCCACCAGGACCUCUGGAGCAAGGAAAUCUGGUCCUACCAGACCUGGGGCUGUAGCCAAGCCCCCCUCUCCUCUAACCCAGAGGAAACCUCUCAGCCAGACAACAUACCAGAGCCUCAGCCCCCUCCUCUCAGAGACAGAUAAAGACUGUGGUGGUCUGAGGGUAAGCAGUGAGCUGGUGGCAGGGGUUCAGUCCUUCGCUGCCUUCCUCCAGCAACAACAUCGGAUGGAGACGAGAGGUCGCCAGGAUACCAGUCACACGGUCUCCUGGGAAACCAAAGGUCAACAGGAAGCCAGCCAGACUCAGACUGAGUGUCAAUCAGAGAGGAAAAGUGAGCCCAGGGAGGUCAGGUCUGGGGAGGUGGAGGAGAGCCCCCUAGUGUCCAGGCUGAGACUGCAGCUAGCCCAGAGGGGGAGAGAGCUCCACACCAGAGAGGAAGAGCUACUGCUGCAGCAUGACACAGAGGUCAGCUCACUGAGACAGGAGAACUACCUCCUGCAGAGCAAGCUGCACAGUACAGAGGAGGCCAACAGCAGGAAGAAGGGCCGGUUGGGUCGCGGUCUGGACGGGCCCUUGGACCCCCUCACGGAGGACAAACUCAGACUGAUAGAGAAAGAGGUGAAGGAACAGGAGACCAUCAUCCAGGGAUACCAGCAGGAGAAUGAGAAGUUGUACCUGCAGAUGAAGGCUCUUCAGGCUCAGAGUAAACUCAAUGAAGAGGCCAUGUUCACAGAGAACCAGAGGCUGCUAAACGAACUGGCCCUUACCAAGGAGCAGAUGAGCAACUCUCCGAGGACUGUGGGUAAUGUAGGCUGUGUGGCCCAUAUUCAGAGCAUCACACAGCUGCUGGGCCAGAUGCAGGCAGCACAGAGGACUGAAGAGAGACUGGUGGAGGAGACCCACAGGCUGAAGCAGGAGAAACAGGCCCUGGAGGUGGACCUUGAAAUGAUGAGGAAAGAGAGAGACCUGGCCAAAGCGCAGGUCGUCUACACCUCAGGGGAUAAGAGCUUUGAGCUGCAGGUGGCAGAGAACAGGCAUAAGGAGGAGGUGUGUGGUCUGAAGAAGAGGCUCCAGUGGUAUGCUGAGAACCAGGAGCUGCUGGACAAAGACUCUGCCAGACUGAGGGCUGCCACCGCAGACACACACAAACUCACAGAGCAGGUGGAAAAGCUGAAGAUGGAGGUGGGGAAGAGAGCCAAUCAGAGUAAGACUAAAGAGAGAGCUGGAGACGCUAAGAGGAUACAGGACCUAGAACGACAGGUGAAGGAGAUGGAGAAGAUUCUCAGACAGAGGAACCCUAACUCCCUCCCAGCGCUCAUCUAUGCUGCAGCCAACGCACCUGCGGUGGAUGAGGAUGGAGGGGCCAAGAGCUCCCCGCCCACUCAGACCAGGGCCCUAUUGGAGCGGCGCAUCCAGAGGCUGGAGGCGGAGCUAGAGAGCCGUGACGACGAGGCCAAACGCAGCCUCCGAGCCAUGGAACAGCAGUACCAGCGGAUUAAGCUCCAGUAUGAGCAGCAGAUCAGUGAUCUAGAGCAGCGGUUAACCCAGAAACACCCGGUCCAGACCGGGUCACCUGGGGUCUGGCAGGCCCAGGUCUGCUCCCUGCAGCAGGAACUGGAGCUCCUGAAGGAGAACCAUCAGAGUAGAGGGAGAACCCUACAGGCUGAGGUCCACUCCCUACAGGAGCAGCUCACACAACAGGCACAGUCUACCACCGAGCCAGAGAGAGCCCCCCAACGCAGCCCGUCCCGACACCAGCGCCAAGCAGAGACGGCCCUGGGGGUCCGGAUAGAGAGACUCAACCAGGAGCUGUCAGCCAAGACCCGCAGCGUCCAGGAGUUGAGCCGCACCGUGGAGAGACUCCAGAGGGAGAGGAAGACCAUGCUGUGUGGCCCUGGCCCCAGAUCAGAGGGCCGUGUUGGGCCUGCGGAGGCCAGGCGGCAGGCGGCCGGGUCCAAAGGACCCAUGGUGGUGGCUACCCCAGGGGAGAGGGGAGGCACGGUGGGAGAGACUGCAACGUUCCCUCCCACUCAGGAUGAGAAGGACUACCAGCCCACAGCGUUCUCUGGGAGCCACAUCUCAGAGGUGCUGCAGGAGAGCGAGGGGUUAAGGCUGCGUCUGGAGCAGCUGGAGCUGCAGAGGGACAAGGAGAGGGUGGUACUGCAAGCUGCAGCCACACAGGCCCAGGCCGAGCUGCGCAGGGUACAGCAGCAUUCAGCAGAGCAGGUGUCCUCGCUCAGGGCUGACCAUCAGAGGGAGCUGGAGAGCCUGCUUACCGGCCACGCCCUCGCCCACUCCUCCUCUAAAGUGGCCGAACUGACCAAUCAGGUGACCGCGCAGGAGAUCAUGGUUCAGCAUCUGCGUGACCAGGUGAAGGAACUGCAGGGGACCAAGGAUGCUCUGGCUGUGUCCAAGCUGAGGGAGGACACCCUACAGAACCAGCUGACAAGGCUGUUGGAGGAGCUGAAGCAGGCCAAGGAGUGCCACAGCCCAGAGCUCCGACACUUCACUAGCCUGGAGAGAAAGAUCCACAGCAUGGAGCUACGACACACUCAGAGGGAGAAAGAGCUCCAGCAGGUGAUAGGUCAGACUCGGCUGGUGGUGGAGGCUGAGCAGCAGUCUGAGGUGGAGUGUUGGAGGAGGCUGGCUCAGGGGAAGACCCGGGAGCUGGAGGUCUUCCGUCUGGAACUGGACUCUAUCCUGGACGUCUUGAGAGAACUUCAGAGACAGGGAGUGGUCAUCCCUGCUCCGGACCAGGCUUCUGCUGUACCCUUCAGCUGGAGGACCUGAAACAUGGGACAUAGGCUCUUUCUAAUUACUUACAAAUCUGUCCUCAUCUUGUCUGAUCUGAAAGAAUUGACCAGGUGAAAGCCAGCUUAAUGAUGAGCUUCCACUAUUUAAGUAUUUUUUUUGUUCAGUGCAGAUGAAGGGGAGAGGGGGGAUUUGUAAGCAAUUGAGAGCCAACUCACACAUCCUUUAGGAGAACCCAUCAUUGUGCUGAACAAUCAGGUUAUUUAUUUUUGUAGAUUUGUAUGUUUAUACUUGAUUGUAAAUGUAUUUUAAGUUAUUCAAUGUGUGUUAGAAAAAUAUUUUGUAUUUUGUAUAAUUUUUUUAUUUGUAACAAGUAAAGCACAAAGAUAAAACAUCUCAAA